AUGCUCGCCAAGGUGAACUGUGGAACAAUCAGGCUGGCCUGGAUCUCCACCAAGGGAGAUUGGCCUUACUUGCGAAAGAGAGUGGUGGCGGAUGGACAACGAAGCACCUUGGAGGACUGCAACACUGAAACCUUGGAGACGAUGCGAUAUACGAUCUGUAGCGUCAACCUUGUCUUUGAUGUUAUCUACAGGCAUGGAAUCUUUAUUCCGGCUGACGAAGCUUGCAAAGCCAUUCACUAUGGUUUUGAGACCUGUGUUGGAUACUGCCAGCUUGCGUCCAUGGCAAAAUCUGAAACGCUGAAACUUUUCCGGCUGAGACCCAAAGUCCACAUGUGGUGGGAUUUUUUUGAACUUAUGAGCACCCCGGGACCUUUCCGGUUGAAUCCCUUGGCCACGGCUACGUGGUCUGACGAGGAUUAUAUAGGCCGAGUGAGUAGAGUAGCAAGAAGUGUUCAUGGAGCAACUGUAUCAAUCAGUUGUAUGAGAAAAUGUAUUGGCUAUUACAAAAGCCAAUUUGACAAGAUGAAACGCUGA